AUGACCUUUGGAAACGUUGAUAAUGUUCUCAAGCACCUGUCUACUCCCACGAUACCGUUCACCACGAGGGGGUCCCUGUCCUUCAUGAAACGGUCGACCCACCACGCACAGAACGCCAGUGGGGACGCCAGUGGAGACGAGGCGCUAGUGCCGCCCGCAAGCCCCCGCUUGUAUGCCAGCCCGGGGCGUUUCCUAGAAGGGUAA